AUUACUCCGUUUUCAACACAAGAUGAAUGGUUGCAAGCAAUCGGCCAGCAAAGUUUUCAAACUUGUUGGAGGAUUCAACAAAGCAUCAUCAAGAUGUUUCUCUUCGGAGAAAUUGAUUCCAAAGGAUUUAAAAAUUGUGAAGAAUCCGACCAGUGAGCAGAUCAAACAGUUUCAAAAAUUGGUUGGUGAUUUCAAUGAUAUCAAAUUGCUAAAGGAGACAAUGAAGGACAACUAUCAAUUGUACCUACUUUGCCACAAAGAUUCAACUGUGCUUUCGGGAACCCAGUCUAUCACUUACAAAUCUCUGAACCGUUCCAUUCCCGAUUUUCAAACAUUUGGCCUUUCAUAUCAACCGGAUAACACGUACAAUCUGCUUCCUCACCUGAUGCAUGAAAUGGCGACAGAUUUUAAAUCUGUGAAAAUGAAUUCUGGUGGUUGUGUCGACUCAAAGUACGCCGCCGUUUGGAGAAAGGUUCUGCAUACAAAAGUUCGUGGACCAACUUACUACGUGUCACACUACAAACCUGACGAGGUUUUCAAUCCAGAACUAGAGUUUGAUGACGUAGUUGUUAAGAAGUUUAGUGAUGUUCCAGUUGAACAUGUUGUCAAGUAUGACAAUUCAAUUUUCCCAUAUGAACGUAAAGAAUACAUUUUGGCAAAGUUCAAGAAUGGAGUUGGAAGAGUUGCUUAUAACAAAUCGGGAGAAGUUAUCGGAAUUGGUUUGGUUUCCACUGAAUCUUCUGGAAACUGUGAAAUUGGCCCAAUCUACUGUGACAACAAGAAUGCAGCUCAGGCUAUUUUCCAAAGUAUUAUUCAAGAUCUUCCCAUGAAAGAUCUCAAAGAUGUUCUCGUUCGUUGCAGUGAUAAGUUUGAAGACAGUGCUACUUGGAUUCGCCCAUUCCUUCGUCGCAGCCACGAAAUGACACCAUUCGCUCACAUCAAGUUCAAUCGUGUCAUUCCCGAUGGCCUCAACUUCUCGAAAGUCUUUGUGAGCUCGAACCCAUCAAAUGCUCCGUGCUAAUAUACUGAAAUAAAUUAUUUUGACGUUUUGGA